UUUGGCUUGUUACAAGGACCAGCUAUGGAGAAGUGGAGCUUAAUGACAAUUACUGUUUUACUAGCACUUACUGUACGCUGGACUGUAUCACUUGGUUCUUAUUCAGGUGCAGGAAAGCCACCUAUGUACGGAGACUAUGAAGCUCAGAGACACUGGCAAGAAGUUACUUACAAUUUACCCAUCAGGCAGUGGUACUUCAAUACAAGUGAUAACAACCUAUUGUACUGGGGCCUUGAUUAUCCACCUCUUACUGCCUAUCACAGUUUUGUGUGUGCUUACAUUGCAAAGUUAAUAAAUCCUGAUUGGAUUGCUCUGCACACAUCUCGGGGGUAUGAGAGUCAGCCACAUAAGUUAUUUAUGCGUACAACAGUGUUUGUGGCUGAUUUGCUGGUUUAUAUUCCUGCAGUUAUUUUAUAUUGUUUUUCCUUGAAAGAAACAUCUACUAAAAAGAAGGUUUCCAGUGCUCUCUGUAUACUGCUUUAUCCAGGCCUCAUUCUUAUUGACCAUGGACACUUCCAAUACAACUCAGUGAGCCUUGGCUUUGCCUUGUGGGGUGUACUUUAUUUGUCUUAUGACUGGGACCUUUUGGGGUCACUGGCAUUUUGCUUGGCCUUAAAUUAUAAGCAAAUGGAACUCUACCAUUCUCUGCCCUUUUUUUGCUAUUUACUUGGAAAGUGCUUCAAGAAAGGACUGAAAGGAAAGGGAUUAGUAUUGUUAACUAAAAUAGCAGGGACAGUGGUGGUUUCCUUUGCUGUCUGCUGGCUCCCGUUCUGUACUUGUACCGACAUUGAACAAAUCAUGCAAGUACUCAGAAGUCUCUUUCCCAUUGACCGAGGCUUGUUUGAGGAUAAAGUAGCCAAUAUUUGGUGCAGUCUAAGUGUCCUUAUAAAGAUAAAGAAUAUAGUGUCGCAUCAAACUCAGCUAAAACUUAGUUUCGCUGUAACAUUCCUGAGCCUGCUUCCUACUUGUAUAAAACUAACUGUCCAGCCUUCUCUCCGAGGAUUUAAGUUUGCUUUGGUUAGUUGUGCAUUGUCAUUUUUCCUGUUCUCCUUUCAAGUACAUGAAAAAUCUAUUCUUCUAGUGUCAGUACCAGUCUGCUUAAUCAUAAAUGAAAUCCCUUUUAUGGCUACGUGGUUUUUACUUGUAUCAACUUUCAGUAUGUUGCCUCUUCUACUGAAAGACGGCCUGCUGCUGGCCUACGCUGUGACAAUGCUGGCGUUCCUGUCAGUCUGCGUGGCUUCCUUUUCCAUAUUUGAGAAGACUUCAGCAGAAGACCUGCAGCUGAAACCCUUCUCCCUUUCCCUGAAGGGAUAUGUUUCUUGGUUUAAGUCAUUUCCCAAGAUUGUCAGGAGUCUGUUUCUUCUUUCCAUAACCCUGAUGGGCAUCCUGUCUCUAAUGAGCGCUGCAGUGCAUCCUCCACAGAGGUUACCGGAUUUAUUCCCUGUAUCUGUGUCUAUUAUUUCUUGCUUACAUUUUUUAUUAUUUUUGGUGUAUUUUAAUGUUGUUAUACUCUGGGACUCAAAGAAUAGUAGAAGUCAGAAGAAAAUCAGUUAAUCAGCCUGUGAAGAUAUCAAGGACUAAGCUGUGAAAGGACAGUAUUUCAGUGAACGGUGUCUGGCAUUGCAGGUAAAACUGUUUGUGAUGUUAAUACAAUUCCUGUAACCUAAUGAAAAUCAGGAAACACAUCAUGUGUAUUUAAACACAAAAUGAUCAAAGACUGUUUUAAAGGAGAAGUAUUUUGAAGAGCCCUUGGAAUCGUGAUUUGGUGUGUUUUCUUCAAACAAAUUUGUUACCAUUUGUAAACUUAAGAUACCUAAUAAAGGACCAAAUUUUGAAUUAAUGCUAAAAUACCCUGGCUUUAUUAGCAAAACAGCAAACUGUUUUGUUAGCAUUAAGUUUACACAUCUCCCAGCAUAAAAAGCAUAAGUGAAGUAGUGCAGGUUACAUAGAAACUCUUGACUGGUAGCUUUUGCCUUGUCUUGCUGAAUUGUUUUAUGACAUAAACUGUCUGGUGUAGUCAGGCACUGCCCUCCAUCGUUGUUUCGUAUAGCACACUGCAGUUCACCCAGGCCGUUGCGCGGGGCUGUGUGUCAGUGCGAGGCGCUCUCCAGAUGCUGUGACCUUGGUUCUUCAGCUAAGACUGUAGGGAAGGAAACUCAACCUUCCAGCAGCAUCACUGGCUGGAGAUCUGUACGCUCGGCCGCAAGAUGGACCCAAGUUCUGUAGCGCAAUCGCACAGCAAUUCUGUAGCAGCUUAAGUUCACCCACAGGCUUUUGGUUUUCUUGUGUUAACAUAUGUGUUAUUUUCCACGCUACAAAUACUUUCAGGGUGCUGAAGAAUGGCGUAAGCCACAGAGAUGCGCCAAAGUUUGUGCUGGGCACAGAAGUAGAGGCUGUGUGACACUUGGAAAGGGGAAGGUUCCUGUGUAGGCGAUGGGUUGGAAUAAGUUUCUUCCUUCACUCUAGAUCAGCAGCUGUGAUUUGGUUUUCAUGCUAGUGAAGUCUUACGACU